AUGCACACUCCGCCAGCUUCCGCACCCGCGGCGGUUGAAUUGGUGGUGGGCUCGCCUGUCGCAUCUAGCAGCGUCCAAGCCAAGGAGCGAGACCAACGCAUCCAAAGCGCACGCAAAAAGGUGAGUUCAGUGUCGGAGUGCAAUAUUUUCAGCUUGUCGCAGGGCGCGAUCGAGCCUUGACUGACACAUGCCCACCACUCGCGCGCAACAUUUCAGCUAAAAAGCUACAGAGCAAAGCAAGCGGCGGUGGAAAAGAAGAGAGUGUCUCUUCUUACCGAGUCUGUCGCACCCUCCGAGUCUUCCAGCAGCUUGUCGAGACUGAGCGUCACUGAAAGGCCGAACUCCAUGCUGGGCAAAAGACUUUCGUCAGGCUCUAGCAGUGCAUUGGCAUCCAGCUCUUCGCCUCGCGCAUCAGCCCAGCCCACCGUCCCACCACCCACAAGUCACACCCGCUCCACCUCAAGAGCAGGUCAUGUUCGAGGCCACUCUCGCAAUGGCAGCAUCUCCAUAGGCGCGGUGUCGCCGUCGCCCGCAUCGCUCCUCUUUAGCACUGCUCUGCCGCCUUCUCCGGCACCUUCGAACGCUACCGUAGCUCCUCAGUCUGCCCCUGCACGCUCAGCCAACACCACUUUCGUCGCCUCGACGCCCCACACGCAUACGCGCGGUCACAGUCGAAGCGGAUCACGCGCAAGAUCUGGCUAUCGACCUGCCAGCUUGUUGUUCGCCGGCUCGACAUUAGGCACACAGCAAACGCAACCUCUCGCUGUAGGUGAAUGGAGGGACGUCGAUCAAAAGCCAAGACAACCCGAGGCAUCUAUUUCAGCAGACACUCCACUCACUCAUGCUCGGCGACCCAGUCGUCAUUCUCGUCAAACGAGCGUAAGCACCCGACGCGAGAGCAUGGAGAUCAUGGGUGGUCUUGGCCUCGGCACGUUUGGUGUUGCAGACAGCGCGCUCAACUCUGUUGGAGCGAGUCCACGUCGCCACAGCCGUCAAAUGAGUUCGAACCGGCACAGCGGAAUUCUGUCAGCCAGUCUGCUGUUUGGUGGUGGUGCAUCUGCCGACAGCGCUCAGCGCGCUGGCCGCACAUCGGGCAUUCACAAGAAUGACUUCGACUGGAGAAAGCUGGGCGCAACGCAAGAAGCUGCGCCGCAAGAUGACUCUAGCGAUCGGCUCACUGCGCUGGAAAAGCUUGAGGGCAGAAGCAGAAGCACCUCACCUGCGACCUCGCGCGAACAGGGUACGGGCGACAAUGCUUACAACGAUCGUCAGUCGAGGCCAAGCAGUGUGCAGCUACCAAGCUUUGAUGACGUGCACGGCACGGAUGCAAUGGACAAGAGGAAGAGCAUUAGCUUGCUCGAAGCGAACGAGGCCUCGACAUCUUCAGAAGAGCCCUCUGCUUCCGCUGCUCGUUCUAGCCUCACAUCCCAUCUUGCGCCCUCUACACUUACCGACGGCACGCCCGGUGCACGACCCUCGUCCAUCAGAAUCAACACUGAUGCCGCUCCUCUCGUUGAAGGUCUUGGCACGCUGAUGGAAGAGGAGGAGGAGGAGGAAGAGAGCGCGGCAAGCUCGCCUGUCCGGGAACGGGGCUCGCUCGACAUUGGCUCAGAGGAAGCCGAGAAGAAGCGCCGCGACCGCGCGGAAGAGCAAGAAACGGUCAAGCGCAACCGGCGCGCCAGCCUGAAUCCCAACCCGUUCAAGCUCAAAAGUCGACCGGCAAGCUUGUACGUUGGCACGCUCAAAUCUUCUGUCAACAAUGGAGGCAUCGUUGCGAGCAACUCUUUGCCCCACCUCGCUGCCAUAUCUGGUGAAGAGGAGGAGGAAGAGCAAGAUAUCAGUGUCGAUGAGCGACCUUGGUCGUCAACACCACGCGCAAGCUCAACGCAAGCGCCGCAAGACUGGUCGGUGGAUUCAGCACAGCGAAAGCUAGCGACAGCGCGAGCCGACGUCACGCAGAGACAGCAAGCCGCCGUCGCUACAACUGAAGUGAAACGCAGCUGGCGAUCUUCAAUGCCCUCGACCGCUGCUCUCAACAUGCACGCUACUUCAUCUCCUGCUGUUCCAGCGCCCGCCCCGGCGCCCCGACAAGGCAUGCGCACACUCCGCUUGGGCAGCAUUUCAAACGAACACAAGGGACAGUCAGAUUCCCUCAGUUCUAUUGCCAGCAACAACACGACCGCCUCAUCUGUCUCGAUGUCGGUAGCCUCCGGUGCUGUACCCAUCGGACGUCGUCAGAGCCUUGUUCUUGCGGCCGCGCAAGACUUGGGCCAAGGUUUGCCCUCAGUACUCAGGGAAUCCAACGGUCCUUCGCCUGGCGCAGGACGGCGUAGCAGCAUCCACUACAAAUCGAGCACUCCCACUCCAGCAUCUGCUCCCGCUGCUGUUGGCAAUGCAUCUGAUUCGUUGCCUUCGCCGCCUGCAUCCGAGCGUCCAAAUCCGCCUGCAACGGCGGCGCCAACCGGUGCAUCGUCGUUCAAGCAAGUCCAGUUCGACGAACUGAAAGCUACGCAGCAACGCGAGCACGGUCUGCUUGAAGCUAGUCGCAGACAAGUCGAGCGUCUCACACAUGAGCUCGCUGUGGAAAAGGAACGGUCUGCACGCGAGUAUGCCGAGCUGGAGAGCUGGAGCGCAGAAGAGAAGAGGACGCUCGGAGCUCGCAUCGAGCAUCUCGAACAAGCGGCUGCGGCAAGCGCAAACUCAGCACUGACCCGCGAAACGGAGCUUCUUGGACGCAUCGAGUCUGUGGAGACAGAGCUGAAAACGCACGCAGAGCGUCUCGAGGACGCCGAGGCAGAGCGAGACAUGCUCCAGGAAGACAUUGACGGGUGGCGCACUCGCUGCGGCGAUCUGGAAAAGUCUGUUCGCACCGAGCGCAUGGCUGCUGACGAAGAGAGACGCGCUAAUGCCACCGCAAAACUGCGCAUUCAAAUGCUUACGCAAAAAUUGCAGGAAGCUGGUAUCGAGCUCCCGAAGGCACAAGCCGACGAGACUUUCGAGGAUGGUCUCCCUGCUGAUCUCGCUAGUGUGUUGCGUAGUCCCGCGCUCGGCUCGGUCAGCCCAGUGGUGCAGCAGAAUGGCUACUUUUCGCCGCACCCUGGCGCAGAGCCAUCUGCACCUCCUCCGCAAGCUAUCAAGCUGCUCAAGGAGAUGAGACAGCAGAUCUUCAACCUCGCCGGUACGCUGGAGCAUGAGCGUACCGAGCAUGUCAGCGCUAAGACAGAGCUGGACGCGCUGCGCGAAGAGAAUGCCAGACUCCGUGGCGAGCCUACGCUGAACACGACCGUCAAUAGCGGCGAGACGGAGAGCGCCGGCCACAGCUCUGCAGGCAGCCCUCCUCGCCGAUUCUCUGCCACGCAGAAGAGCACGACCGCAAGCAAGACAAAGCGACAUGUCUUUGCGUACGAUAGCAGCAUGGGCAGCACUUCCAUGGGCAGCGGUAGCGUUGCUGCAGGCACUGCUAGCACUGUGCCCUCAGAGUACGAGCACGGCGACAAUGAGGACCACUUCAAGGACGAUCAUGGCAAUGAGGAUCUUCUUCACGGGCUAGGCAGUCUUCAAACAUUGACCGAGAUUGAGGAGGAAGAGCAGCAGUCAGACGCUGCGCGUACACCGCUCGCACGACCCCAGUCCGUCGGAGAAGCUCCCGAUCUCGAAGCCGGUGGCACUUACGACGCCGAGGAGUCCUCAUCGCUACCUGACCUCGAGCAUUCCACUCCCAUUCGAAAGACCCUCGACAAGACUGUUCCCGUCUUGACUGUCGACGGUCAACCCCUCACGCCGACUGCGAGCCACUCGAGCUGCUCAUCCACCGAAAGCAGUCACGGACCGGCAUCUCCUCGUAACAGUUACGAGGAACAAGUUGACGAAGCCAUCGAUGAGGACUACGACGAGAGCGAUGCGGACGAUGAGGAAGAGGAAGCCAUGAAGCGUGCUCGGUCUGCUAAGCCCGAGUUCAUUCGCGAGUGGUCCUUUGAAAUGGCUAUGUCUUCGAUUGCGGCAAAGCGUCAGCAGAGGGCAAGCUCCCGCGGAAAGACUCCCAAGAGCGCACCUGCUGUCGUUGAGACUACGACCAAGUCUCGCGCCAGUAGACCUCGCCGUCGCCGUCAACAGAGCUCGGAUGACUUCUUCGGGCUGCUCGCCUUGGACAGCACAGAUCCACUGCCAGCUUUGCCGACUCCGGAUGCAGCGCUCGAGAUGCCACCUUUCUACGUCGAGCAGUCUUCACGCGAUAGCUAUGCAGGCAGCAAACGCCGCAGCGUCGAGAGCUACGACCACAGCCCGCGCGUCUCUAUGCGGGUCUCCAGCGGUGGUAUGCCUGCGCAGCAACGCCCUCCUGUCGCCAAGAGCGCUUACGCCCACGCGCACGCCGCCGAGACGAUUGAUGCUGCAGCAGCUGCUGGCGGCAUGCUCAGCAGGAUGAGUCUCGGCGGGCUUACGAGCGCCUUCUCCGGAUUGGGCGGUUACCUCUUGUCUGGCCAGAGCGGAGCGGUCCAGGCGGCUGCCGCAGCCACGAAAGCCUGCGCGGGUAGCGGAAGCGUAACACCUGGAGCAGACCCUUCCGCACACCACUUGUACGGUGAAGAGAGCGGAUUGGACUCGCCCCAGAGCAGUUUCAGCUGGACCGCCACUCGACGGGUCGAGGAUGGUGGGGAACCACAUCACAACGAUGGACUAUCGUCCGAUCCUUGGGCUCAGCACCACCUUGCACAAAUGCGACAGCAACAAGAGAGGGCUUGGUGA